CGUAAUGAGGAAGUGCGUUCGUUGAUGAGUUUUUUUUUUUUUUUCUACCGAAAAAGCUCUGGAGCACUGUCUGGCAGUUUGAAGACUAUAAAGGUGACACCGUAUCAACUUUCCGGACAUGAGAAGCUCCGACUGCAGGUUUUCAUAACCUAAGAGUGUAAAUUUGAGAGGUGGAUAGUGCACAAUAAACUCUCCCUAAACUCCAGGAAGAUGGAAAGCAAUAAACUUUCAGUGUGGAGUAACCUGAGGCAGAAAGCCAAGCCGUUAUUUUCCAAUCUGAGUGUUAGGAAAUCUAAGAAAUCCAGCAGCACCAAGUUGGAGGUCAGAAAGCACAGAGUGUUAGACCAGAGAAUGAGUUCAUCUGUGCCAGACAUACAUCACAUGCAUCAAGACUUGCCUGUGCAAGUGGAGACUGUCCGACCCUUAUCUCAAAACUCUGCCUUUUUUUCAAACCUUGAACUGCCACAGAGUAAACCCCCUUUGGAUAUGGAGCAUGAUCCUGCACUUUUGUCUGACAGGUUGAUUGUACAUGGAGACUCCAAGCCUUGGAGUUCAAUGGAAACCCUGGAAGUGCGUGCUUGUAUUACUGAGGAGUCAGUUUACACUACAGCUAUGCAGCAGCACAGCAAAAACGUUAACACUACCUAUUGUAGCACUACAAAGCAGAGUGCUGCUUUGGUACAAGUGCCAACCUUUGAAAUAACAGAGCACCUAAAUGAGGAUUGCACAGAGAUUUCAGACCCUGAAGCUUCAUCUCAGACGUCACAAUACUUUGAGGAUAAUUUGACCAUUGAAGAGAGAACUGGGUCUGUUUCCAUUCCCACUAGAAAGCCUUCCUAUCUGCUCUCAAUUCAUCUGAAGGAAGGUAGAAAUCUUGUGAUCAGAGACCGCUCAGGUACCAGUGAUCCAUAUGUCAAGUUUAAACUCGACUCAAAAACCCUUUAUAAAAGUAAAGUAAUUUACAAAAACCUGAACCCAGUGUGGGAUGAAUCAUUUUCUGUACCAGUUAGGAAUCUGGAGCAGAAGCUUUUAAUUAAGGUAUAUGAUCGAGACUUAACCACAGAUGACUUCAUGGGAGCGACACAUGUUGAUUUAAAUAACCUGGAGCUGAGCAAGUCCGUGGAAAUGGUACUACCUCUAAAUGACCCAAACAGCCUGGAAGAUGAUAUGGGAGUAAUAGUUCUAGAGUUAGCUUUAUCUUUGAAAAAUACUGAAAACAAGGACUUGCUGAAAUCUGAAAACAAACAGAAACGAAGAAGUAACAUAAAGUCAAGUUUCCGGCAGUCAACUCGCUCUCUCUCAGACACACUGUGUAAAAGCCAGCUAUGGAGUGGUGUGGUAGCCAUCACUCUUGUAGAAGGAAGAGGUAUGCCAGAGGGUGAAUUUUUUGUUCGUUUCAAAUUGGGGGACCAGAAGUACAAAAGCAAGAUUUUGUACAAGACUGCCAACCCCCAGUGGAGGGAAAAGUUUGAUUUUAACCACUUCCAUGACAGCUCUUCUUUGCUUGAAAUUGAGGUUUGGGGAAAGGAAGGCAAAAAGAGUGAUGAGUGCUUUGGAGUAUGCAAAGUUGAUUUAGCAACAUUACCCAAGGAGCAGUCCAAUCUGAUGGAAGUGCCCCUUGAGUUCUCUCAGGGCAAGGUGAUUAUUUUGAUGACACUGAGUGUUUGCACUGGGGUCUCCAUAUCAGACUUGUGUGCUUGUCCACUUACAGACUCCAAGGAAAAGGAACAGAUUCAGCAGAGAUAUAGUUUCGGCAACUCCUUCAGAAAUAUUAAGGAUAUUGGAUUUCUCCAAGUGAAAGUAUUAAAAGCAAUGGAUCUUUUAGCUGCAGAUUUUGCAGGCAAAAGUGACCCAUUCUGUGUUAUAGAGCUUGGAAACAACCAUUUACAAACUCACACAGUCUAUAAGAACCUCAAUCCAGAGUGGAAUAAAGUUUUUACAUUGCCCAUUAAAGAUAUUCAUGAUGUAUUGGAGGUGACUGUUUUUGAUGAAGAUGGAGACAAACCUCCUGAUUUCCUUGGAAAAGUUGCUAUCCCUCUGCUUUCAGUAAAAAAUGGUCAACAAACAUGUUAUGUCCUGAAGAACAAAGACUUGGGUGGACCAACUAAGGGUAUCAUUUACUUGGAAAUAGAUGUCAUUUACAACCCUAUCAAAGCCUGUUUUCGGACUUUUACACCACAAGAGCAGAAGCUUAAUGAGGACAACCCCAAAUUUUCAAAGAAGAUUCUAACAAGGAACAUUGAUCGUGUUAAGAAAAUCUCUCUAGCAAUAUGGAAUACUAUCCGCUACAUUAAAAGCUGUUUUCAGUGGGAAUCCACACCAAGGAGUUUAAUAGCUUUUCUGCUGUUUGUGGUCACUGUAUGGUAUAUAGAGCUCUACAUGGUCCCUUUCUUCCUGUUCUUCCUUUUUGCUUGGAACUACUUCCAGAUUGUCUCAGGUAGAGUCAGCAAUACUCAGGAUCUGGUUAACUUGGAUUUGGGUGAAGAUGAUGAUGAUGAUGAAAAGGAAUCGGAAAAGAAAGGAUUGCUUGAUAGGAUUCACAUGAUUCAGGACAUUGUAAUAACUGUCCAGAACAUUUUGGAAGACAUUGCAUGUUUUGGUGAAAGAAUCAAAAAUACUUUCAACUGGAGUGUGCCAUUCCUAUCAAGUCUUGCCUGUCUGGUUCUCAUAGUUAUCACAAUUUUAUUUUAUUUUAUCCCACUGCGGUACAUCGUACUUAUAUGGGGUAUAAAUAAAUUCACGAAGAAGCUGCGGAACCCAUAUGCCUUGGAUAACAACGAAGUACUGGACUUUCUGUCUAGAGUCCCCUCUGAUAUUCAGAAGGUGCAGUAUGCUGAACUAAAACAGUCUUCUUGCCAGAGCCCAGUGAGAAGAAAAAGGUAGCACUAGGAUUUUCACACCGCACACCCUGGGACUUGUGUUGGGAAAACAAGAAAUGCUUGAGCUUUCUUCCGUAAUCAUUUGGUCUGCUAUAUUACUCCAGUUUUUGGGGAUGGAACUUUGAUUAAAAACAAACUGUUUUUUAAUAUUUUAAUAUGCACAUAAAUAUAUCUAAAUCAUAUGUACAGCUAUGUUUUAUUUUGUCAGUAACUUACAUUUUAAUUUCUUUUAUGAUGUAAAUAUAUGUAAAAUUUAA